UGGAUGCAAGAACGAUUUCUCUUUUGUUCUAGUUCUUCGUUUAUCUUCCCAAUCCAUCUUUACUCAGGUGUCAACGUUAUUUGAUCCUAAAUAUUCACUGGCCUUACGUUCUGGUCCAUUUUUAUCGAUUGGCCGGCAACCCGCCUCUAGUCAGAAACAUCAUUCAGUAGGCAUCGCAGUCAAGAGGUUAAGAAGCCUCCCUACGAACGACAUCCAUCUGGCCUCCGCAUUUGUCUUCACCAUGUCUUCAGCCACAGACCGGAUCCCGGCCUUGAUUGCCCAUUAUCUCGCCACCCAUUAUCCGACGGCGCUGGACCCAUUUCUCCAAGCUGCACAGAUUGCUGCUCCCGACUUUUCCCAUCCCCCGAACCCAGACCUUCGCACUGUCGUAGAAGACUGGUCAUCUCAGCAGUUAGCCACCAGUUUGGCAAUGGCUACGAUUGAUGAGAGCGAUAUUGAUGCGCCCGCGCGCGAUGGAACUUGGAAAGGAUGGAAAUUGAAGGACAUGAUGAAAGCUAAACUUAGUGCAGGAGUGGGCUUGAGAAGUACGGACAGAGGAUUUCAUGGUGUGUCCGCAGCCAAUUUGUUGACAGUGGCGGCCGUGAAUGUUCCAAGCAGAGAAUUUGAUACAUCCUCCGCUAUUUACAGAACGUCCUGUUCAUUGGACAUUGUCACUACUUCGGUAGAUAAAACGUUAAAGAUAAUAGAUUACAGCUCUGGAGAAGUGAAUAAAGUUCUGCAACCACACCGCGCUGCCAUCUUGACUUUCGCUUUCCACCCUCAAAACCAGCGGUAUCUUCUGACAGGCUCUAUGGAUGGCACAACUGUACUCACGGAUAUUUUGACUUGCAAAACCCUUCAAACGUUCUCGUCAACCAAAUUCGUUGUGCGCGUCCUGUUUUCCUCCGACGGACACUUUAUGGCGACCGCGUCUUAUGAUCAUCAUAUAGUCGUUUAUGCUGCGACGUCAUCAGCGCUUCCCCCGCCCACCCACGAGGAUGACAUUCCUUUAGAUGACACCGAUCAUUGGUCGUUAGCAUGUGAACCUGAUUUGCAGUACACGGAAGUUCAUCGGAUACAAGUUGACGCCAAUCCCGAAGCAAUUCUUUUCCACCCGGAUUCAACCUGGUUAAUGUAUACAACAAGAUCUUCUUAUCAGCUCUAUUAUGUCCGUUUACCUUCCGAAUCAUGUCCGCCCGACGAUGAGUGGCAGAUCAAAACCAAAAGUUUCAAUCCUCACCCGAUGGACACCCACGUGAGCUUUUCUGUGCUCAACAUGGCUCUCCAUCCCUCUGGCCGUAUGGUCGCUUGCCAGACAGGAGAUCACAAGGGAGGCGCUGGAGAAAGAAUCCUGUUGUAUGGUGUUGAACCAGAGGAAACUGAAAGGCUGGGAUGUUUGUGGACUGGGUCCGGUGGAGAUGACUAUGUUUUGCCUAGAAUGGCAUGGGUACCAGACGGCUCUGGUAUAGUGACAACAACGCACAACGGUUUCCUUAAUUUAAUCGCCUUGAACGGGGAGAUUAGAUCUAGCGUCAAGGUUCAUGGUACUUCAAAUUCUGGGAAAGCAGUAAGCGAAGUUGUCAGAGAUUGCUGCAUCAUCCCCGGGGAAGCUGGAGGAUGGGAAGUUAUUAGCAUUGGUUACGAUCGCAGCAUUCGCAUUAGUGUGAUUGAUGGGUACUAAGUUAAACCGUUGUUAUGUUGUACCGAUUACAGUGAAGGUAUACAUCUAGUUCCAGCUACAGGUGUAAAUGGUGUGGGAGAUAUGAUAAUCAGACGUCCAGGAUAAAACUGCGAACGCAUCGCGCACAUAAUGAUUCAGGACAAUUUAUAUUUCAGGUGAUAGCGGUCGAG